AGUGGUUUUAGUGAAUUGAGGUUUUAAAUUGAGUAUAUCGUGUUUAAGUAGGGACAUAUAGGUUUUUUUUUUUUUAUAAAUUUUGUUAUUGAUCGAACUUGAUUGUAUGAAUGUUGUCAGUGAUGUGGGAUUAUUUAGUAGGCGUUUUUUGGUUAUAGAAACCAAACAUUUUUCACUUUAUUUGGAAUUAUUGAAGUCGGAGUUGUGUUUGGUUAUAGUUUUUGCAAAGAAUAUUUGGUUGUUUGAAUAUACUGAAAGUUGAAACAGGAAUUCAGGUGUUUUCCAAAUUCCAAAUACAAGUUGUAUUUGGAAUUUUGCACGGCCAAAUGCUGAUUUUCAAAUAAAGUGAAAAAGUUUUCCGGAAUAAUUCUCAUGGCCAAACAGGUCCUUACUGUGGCGGAGGUACUAAAGACUAGUGCUGUUUUUGGCCUAAAGAGAGAAAAUUGAACAGAUAUUUAUUUGCGGAGAUACUGUAUUUACAUUGUUGGUAGUGGCUUUACUGAGCUUGUAAGCUGAUACUCUGUUUUGUGCUUAAAGGAAGCAAAUUUGUUGAGAACUGAUUGAGGGAUUGAGCUUGUGCCUUGUCUGCAUUUCUGGCUUUACCAAGACAAUUGUUCUGAGCCCAAUCUCAUGCUUUGAGAUUAUUAGUCUAUAUUUCUUUGGGCGGUGAUGCGUCCAAUGCAAGCGAAAUGCUUUCUCAACUGGUGCAGUUUAUGUCAACUUUUUAUAUUAGUGCUUUCCCUUGGUUUAGGGCAGUAUAGAGGCGAGCCUGUUGCAUUUGAGAAGCAAGCAGAUUAUUAUUCUGGAUCAUCUCUGAUUUACUGGUCUGAAAUCAAUAUCACAGGACCUCAAUUUUUGACAAAUAAUUCAGUCUCUUGUGAGGACCUUGAAGGUGUUGGAUCAUUUGAUACAACUUGCUUGCUGAAUUCAAACCUGUACAUAAAUUCUGACUUGUACGUGUCGGGUACUGGGAACUUGGAGAUACUUCCUCAGGUUUCUAUUUACUGCCCAAUAAAAGGCUGUAUUAUAAGUUUCAAUUUGACUGGUAAUGUUAAAGUUGGGCAAGAUGCAACAAUCGUAGCUGGUUCUGUUAUUUUUUCUGCGCUCAGUCUGACAUUGGGACACAAUUCUUCUAUAAAUACUACUGCAUUGGGUGGAGAACCACCUUCUCAGACUAGUGGGACGCCAGUUGGGUAUGAUGGUGCUGGUGGAGGGCAUGGUGGACGAGGUGCAUCCUGCCUCAAAACUAACAAGACAAAUAAUUGGGGUGGUGACGUUUAUGCUUGGUCUUCAUUGUCAAAGCCAUGGUCUUAUGGAAGCAAGGGUGGUGGUACCUCUCGUGAACACAAGUCUGGAGGAAGCGGGGGAGGAAUGGUUUUCCUUGAUCUGAAAGAUCUCCUGUACAUAAAUGGAUCCAUAUAUGCAGAUGGGGGAGAUGGAGGACCAAACGGCGGUGGGGGUUCCGGUGGAAGCAUUUCUGUACGUGCUCAAAAGCUGAAAGGAUUUGGAGAAAUAAGCGCAGCCGGUGGGAGGGGAUGGGGUGGAGGCGGGGGUGGAAGAAUCUCACUGAACUGUAACAGCAGACAAGAAGAUGUAAAAGUUACCGUGCAUGGUGGUUGGAGUAUCGGUUGCCCUCAGAAUGCUGGUGCAGCGGGUACUUUCUAUGAUGCAUACGUGCUGAGUUUACGGGUAGACAAUGACAAUAUAACAACAGAAACAGAAACCCCUCUGCUGGAUUUUUCGACUUCCCCUCUCUGGACAAAUGUUUAUGUCGAGAACAAUGCUAAAGUUUUAGUGCCUCUAUUUUGGUCACGAGUUCAGGUGAGGGGCCAAAUUAGUCUACUUUACGGAAGCAGCAUUGUCUUCGGGUUGUCUAAUUAUCCAGUCUCUGAAUUUGAGCUUGUAGCAGAGGAACUUUUAAUGAGUGAUUCAAUAAUAAAGGUUUAUGGUGCACUUAGAGUAGCUGUGAAGGUGUUACUCAUGUUGCAAUCCCAAAUCCAAGUUGACGGUGGAGGAAACACAGUUGUUACUACAUCUGUCCUUGAAGUCAGGAAUCUUGCUGUUCUGAAGGGAAAGUCUGUUAUUAGUUCAAAUGCAAACUUGGCUUUAUAUGGUCAGGGACUCCUAAAGUUGACUGGGGAAGGUGAUGCAAUCAUAGGCCAGAGACUUUCCUUGUCACUGUUCUAUAACAUUACGGUUGGCCCUGGAUCUGUACUUCAAGCCCCCUUGGAUGACAACAGAAGUAGAAGCAAGGUUACUGAAUCUCUGUGCGACAGCACACACUGUCCAAUGGAUUUGAUUACUCCACCUGAUGAUUGCCAUGUGAAUUACACGCUGUCGUUCUCUCUACAAAUUUGUCGAGUGGAAGACAUUGUUGUCACAGGCAUCAUCAGGGGUAGCAUUAUCCAUGUUCACAGAGCCAGAACUGUCAUUGUGGACUAUGGUGGUGCCAUAACAGCCUCUGAAUUAGGUUGCAGUAAAGGUGUUGGCAUGGGAAACUACUCAAAUGGAGCAGGUGGUGGCGCUGGACAUGGAGGAAGAGGUGGUUCGGGAUUUUUCAAUGGGAGACUGAGUGAAGGUGGUCAAAGAUAUGGCAGUGCUGAUCUUCCCUGCGAGUUGGGCAGUGGGAGUGAAGGUCCAGGCCAGUCCUAUGGACCCGUUGUUGGAGGCGGAAUAAUUGUUUUGGGAUCCAGCCAGUGGCCUCUUCUGAGACUUGAUGUUUAUGGAUCUAUGAGGGCUGAUGGUCAAAGUUGUCGUACCCCAAGCAAAAACAGUAAUGGUACUCUUGCUGGCGGAGUUGGUGGUGGUUCCGGAGGAACAAUUCUACUUUUCCUUCAAGCUCUUGCUCUUUUGGAUAACUCAGUUUUAUCAGUUGUUGGAGGCUAUGGUGGCCCACUGGGUGGAGGUGGUGGUGGGGGUGGCAGAGUUCAUUUUCAUUGGUCUAACAUAAACAUGGGUGAGCAGUAUGUCCCUCUUGCAACUGUAAAUGGCAGCAUUUACUAUAGUGGAGGUACCGGGGACGGUGGUGGUCUUCAUGGAGAGAAAGGGACAGUAACUGGAAGGAAGUGUCCUAAGGGCUUGUAUGGUACUUUCUGUGCGGAAUGCCCUAUUGGAACAUACAAAGAUGCCGAAGGAUCAGACCCUUCCCUGUGUAGUCCAUGUGCCAUUGAGCUCCUUCCUAGACGUGCUUAUUUCACUCAUAGGAGAGGGGGAGUAACAGAAUCACCUUGCCCCUAUAAAUGUAUCACCGAUAAGUAUAGGAUGCCAAACUGCUAUACACCUUUGGAGGAGCUCAUAUACACAUUUGGAGGCCCCUGGCCUUUUUCCCUGUUGUUGGCGUGCAUUGUUGUGCUGCUGGCUCUUCUAUUAAGUACUUUGCGAAUCAAACUAGUAGGAUCAGGGAGUUCUUAUAACACUUCAAAUUCAAUGGACCGUCACAGUCAUCACCAUUUCCCUCAUCUCCUUUCCUUGUCUGAGGUCCGAGGUGCUAGAACAGAAGAAACUCAGAGCCAUGUCCACAGGAUGUAUUUUAUGGGCCCCAAUACAUUUCGCGAACCCUGGCAUCUUCCUUACUCACCUCCUGAUGCCAUUAUUGAUAUUGUGUAUGAAGAUGCUUUUAACAGAUUUAUAGAUGAGAUUAAUUCAGUUGCUGCUUAUGAUUGGUGGGAGGGUUCUGUGCAUAGCAUACUUUCUGUCCUUGCAUAUCCUUGCGCUUGGUCUUGGAAACAGUGGCGGAGGAGAAGCAAGAUUCAUCGCCUUCAGGAGUAUGUGAAGUCCGAGUAUGAUCAUUCUUGUUUAAGGUCCUGCCGCUCACGUGCUUUAUACAAAGGAAUGAAGGUUGGAGCAACACCAGACUUGAUGGUUGCUUAUAUCGAUUUCUUCCUAGGCGGUGAUGAGAAACGUUUAGACAUAGUAGCGAGUAUACAGAAGAGAUUCCCCAUGUGCAUUAUCUUCGGUGGGGAUGGAAGUUACAUGUCACCAUAUAAUCUUCAUAGUGACACGUCAUUGACAAAUCACCUUGCUCAGCAUGUGCCUUCGACUGUCUGGAAUCGCUUGGUAGCUGGUUUAAAUGCCCAGUUGAGAACUGUAAGGCAUGGGUCAAUCCGCUCUGCGCUCCUACCUAUCUUGAAUUGGCUUAGAAGUCAUGGAAACCCCCAGCUUGAGUUUCAUGGUGUUAAGAUCGAGCUUGGGUGGUUUCAAGCAACCGCUAGCGGGUACUACCAAUUGGGUAUUUUGGUGCUAGCUGGUGAUCAUUCUCUCUAUGAUCUCCCACAAGCUGAAGAUUCAGAAAGCUGUGAUGACUGCUCUAGGACGGUUCCCAAAAUAGUACGGAGGAGUCUUAAGCAACCUCAAGAAAGCCAGCAAUGUGCGAGUCAUGCAUUAUCCCGCAAAAAGAUCACUGGUGGAAUGAAUGGUGGCCUCAUAAAUGAUAUUACUGUGAAAUCCCUGGAUUUUAGAAGGGAUUAUCUCUUCCCAUGUUCUUUGCUAUUGCACAAUACUCGCCCAGUUGGUCGUCAGGACACUGUACAGCUGCUGAUCACCAUCUUACUAUUGGCAGAUCUAUUUGUUACCCUUCUUACUUUAGUUUUGUUCUAUUGGAUAUCCCUUGGGACAUUUCUAGCUGUACUGCUUAUUCUCCCUUUAUCCUUGCUUUCGCCUUUCCCGGCUGGCCUAAAUGCCUUGUUCAGCAAAGGUCCGAAAAGAGCUACUCUUGCUCGAGUUUUCGCACUGUGGAACGCUACAUCUUUAUCCAAUAUUGCUGUUGCUUUUAUCUGCGGUUUAAUCCACUAUGGAGUUGCUGCAUUGAAGCCCCCAGAUGAGAAAAGCAUUUGGGUUACGACAAGGGAAGAUGACAAAUGGUGGCUUUUUCCUACGAUUUUGCUGCUAUUUAAGUCGGUUCAAGCUCAAUUUGUUGAUUGGCAUAUAGCAAACUUAGAAGUUCAAGAUUUUUCUCUCUUCAGUCCAGAUCCUGAUACAUUUUGGGCCUAUGAAGCUGCUUCUUGACGUGAAGAAUAUCUUUGGAUAGGAUGGACAAAUUGUGCAAAUUUUUGGAAUAGCACUUCUUGGAAUUUUGACCUGUAUAUAUGUCCAGAUCAGUACAAAAGCAUUGGUAUACAUGUGCAGUUUUCUUUGAUGUAAUUAGUGUGUGAGGAGAACAGUGAUAGGUUUAGGAAGAGGAUUUUUACAUUUGAGGUUUUUUUCCUUUAGGGGAAUGUAUAGGUGAUUUACAAAUAGUUUUUGAAAGAGCGCAGAUAGAAUAGGAGCAAAUAUUUAUCUUCUUAAUCUAACUUAUGUUACUUCUAGAAAUAGUGAAAUGUGUUGCAAUUUUGUUCUCCUUAA